AACUAAAACCAUUCAAUUGCCCCACGGAGGUUAAAACCCCAGUCUCAAUCCACAUCGGCUUACAGAGACACAGCCCUGCAACUUCUCUGCUCAUUGCCCAGACCUCUUUCUCCUUGUCGCUCUCUCCAGCCACGAACCCUACUCUCUUGCUCUGGACGGGGGAAAAUAGGAGGCUUCUUUCAUUGCACUCUUUAUCCCUCACAACCUCUGUUUCCUUAUACCUCUACAUUGUGCUGGGCUCUUUUGAUCUCAUGGCGAUUGAGAAGCUCCUUAAAGAUGAGGCUACUGAGGAAAAGGGGGAUCGGGCCAGAAUGGCAUCUUUUGUUGGUGCGAUGGCUAUUGCGGAUCUGGUUAAGACCACUUUGGGGCCCAAGGGAAUGGAUAAAAUAUUACAAUCCUCUGGAAGAGGUUUUAAUGUUACUGUUACCAAUGAUGGCGCGACCAUUUUGAAAUCCCUACAUAUAGACAACCCUGCUGCUAAAGUUCUAGUUGGUAUCCUUCUUUCUAAUAUUUCUAAAGUUCAAGAUGAUGAAGUUGGUGAUGGGACAACUUCUGUGGUUGUAUUGGCUGGAGAACUUUUGAGGGAGGCAGAAAAAUUGAUUAUGUUAAAAAUUCACCCAAUGACGAUUAUUUCAGGUUAUAGGAUGGCUGCAGAGUGUGCUCGCAACGCUUUAUUACAGAAGGUCAAAAAUAACAUUGAUGAUCCAGAGAAGUUCCGAUCAGACUUAAUGAAGAUUGCGAUGACGACUUUGAGUUCAAAAAUUCUCUCCCAGGACAAGGAACACUUUGCUAAAUUAGCAGUGGAUGCGGUUAUGAGGCUUAAGGGUAGUACAAACUUAGAGUCCAUUCAAAUUAUCAAGAAAGCUGGUGGGUCUUUGAAGGAUUCAUUUCUUGAUGAAGGAUUUAUCCUUGAUAAGAAAAUUGGUGUUGGUCAGCCAAAGCGUAUAGAAAAUGCAAAUAUUUUGGUGGCAAAUACCGCUAUGGACACUGAUAAAGUAAAAAUUUAUGGAGCUCGUGUCCGUGUUGAUUCAAUGGCAAGGGUCGCCCAGAUUGAGGCUGCAGAAAAAGAGAAAAUGAAAGACAAAGUGCAGAAGAUUAUUGCUCAUGGGAUUAAUUGCUUUGUAAAUAGACAGCUAAUCUACAAUUACCCAGAGGAACUCUUUGCUGAUGCUGGCGUACUGGCCAUUGAGCAUGCCGAUUUUGACGGCAUUGAGCGGUUAGCGCUAGUGACUGGUGCAGAAAUUGCGUCCACUUUUGACAAUCCAGAGUCUGUGAAACUUGGCCAUUGUAAGCUCAUUGAAGAAAUAAUGAUUGGUGAGGAUAAACUGAUUCAUUUCUCUGGCGUCGAAAUGGGUCAGGCAUGUACCAUUGUCUUAAGAGGGGCAAGUUCACAUGUUCUGGAUGAAGCAGAGAGGUCUUUGCAUGAUGCUCUGUGCGUAUUAUCACAAACAGUGACAGACAGCAGGGUGUUACUUGGUGGUGGGUGGCCUGAGAUGGUGAUGGCCAAGGAAGUGGAUGAUCUUGCGAGGAGGACCCCUGGGAAGAAGUCUCUUGCAAUUGAGGCAUUUUCACGCGCACUGCAGGCCAUUCCCACAAUCAUUGCUGACAAUGCCGGAUUGGAUAGUGCUGAACUGGUUGCUCAGCUUCGUGCUGAGCACCACAAGGAUGAAACCAAGGCUGGAAUUGAUGUUAUCUCCGGAGCUGUGGGAGAUAUGGAAAUACUUGGAAUUUCGGAGUCUUUCAAAGUGAAGCAAGCAAUAUUGUUAUCGGCAACCGAGGCUGCUGAGAUGAUCCUCAGAGUUGAUGAGAUUAUUACUUGCGCUCCACGGAAGAGGGAGGAUAGAAUGUAGCCACUCCCUUGUUCAGUUUUGUUAGGCGUUUGCUUUCGAUCUCUCAUUUUGGCUUUUGAGAUGGGGAAUCAGAAUAUAGAGAGGAUUCCUAAAAUUUAUUACUCCAAUUUAGAUGUCCGCAAGCCCAGUCUCUUAGAACUCUACGCCUUUUUUAAUAGUUGGUUUGAUUCGAUGCUACUGUGAAGUUGAAAGCUUGUAUCUUAUAACAUCUUACUAUAUUUUAAGGUUGGAUUGCAUGUGUUAUUAUUUUAAA